AAAGCUAGACGCGUCUCGAACUCUGAAAAAAAAACGAGACGCGCUUCCAAGUCUCUCGUUUCACCGUGUCUGCCGUCUCAAUCGCGCGUAUAAAUACACCUGAUAGAUUGUGUAUCCAUCACCAAGUACGUGCUCCGUAGCAAUCAAUCACAGUCUCAAGCAAAUUCUGCACUGCACGCACUUGCAUUCGCGAGCGAAAUGGCGGCCUACGAGAAGCAGCAGCCACAGACGCAGCAGCCUCACCUGAACGCCGGGUACUACGGCCCGGCGAUCCCUCCGCCGCAGCCGGCGUACUACCCGCAGCCGCCACCACCACGCCGCGGUGGCGGGCCGGGCUGCCUGCUCUGCUUCCUCUUCAAGGUCGUGGCCCUGGUUGUCAUCGCGCUGGGCGCGGCCACCCUGGUCCUCUGGCUCAUCUUCCGCCCGGACGCCCCCAAGGCGUAUGCCGACUCCGCCGCGCUCUCCCGCUUCGACCUCGGCGCCGGCAACGGCAACGGCGGCGACCUCCUCCAGUACAACCUCACCGUGGCCAUCCGCCUGCGGAACCCCAACCGGUUCAGGAUCCGCUACGACUACGCCGAGGCGCAGGCGCUCUACGACGGCGACCGGUUCGGGUUCGACCCGCUCCCGCCGUUUUACCUGGGCAGCAAGAGUGACGCCCGGAUCACCGCCACGUUCACCGGCUCGGCAGUGAUGGACGACGACGACGUGCGGCGGACAUACCGGAGGGAGAGCGGGGAGGGGUUCUACUACAUCAAAGUGAGGGUGCGCUCGGACCUCAGCUUCAAGGUCAGGGUCUUCCGCCUGCGCGAUUACAGGAGCAGGAUCAGCUGCGUGCUGCGGCUGCCGGCGCCCCCCGCCGGCGGCAACGCGAACGCCACCGCGAUGACGACGCUGGGGACGAGGUGCGACGUCGACUUCUGAUGAUCCUUGCCGAUUGUCCAAAGGGUGUACAUCUAUCCUUUGACCUUUGGCAUGGCAGUUUGUCUUUGUUGGCCGGCCGGCGGUGAUUCUAGUGCUGUUGACAAUGUAUAUGUUUGACCGCUAGUCGCUUGUAAGUUUCGUUUGAUUCGCGUGUUCAUUCUUUUGUUUCUUAUAUGCACAAUAAAUUAAUAAUAAACCUGAGUUUUGCUA